CCAGGUGGGCCGGAUGGUCCGCCGGGUUUCGAACAAGCGCGGGGGGUUACGAUGCAAAGACGCCUUGCGGCUGGCGCAUGCAUUUGUAACCAGUCGAGUCCUUUACUCGGCUCCAUACCUCCACCUACGCAAACUUGACGAGAAUGCACUCGAAGUCAUUCUCCGUAAAAUCUACAAGCGUGCCCUCGACCUCCCGGUCAGUACCUCCAACCUGCGCCUCUUGGGCCUGGGGAUGGUGAACACCUUUAAAGAGCUGCGAGAGGCACACUUGAUGAACCAAUACACGAGACUCUCUAAAACGCCGUCGGGUCGCCGACUCCUUGCCCGACUACACAUCCAUCAUUCAAUACAUACGGAAGAGCACGUACAUAUCCCAUCACAGUGGAGGUAUGCCCUGCACGUGCGCCCUCUUCCGGUCAACAUGACACGAGAGGACCAUAGUGGCAGACGCCUCGCGCGGGCGGAAGCCUUGGCUCGCCACUACGGACACAAACACGGAGUCUUCUACGUGGACGCCUCCGGCCCGUACCAUGGGGGUUGGUACACGGCCGCAGUCGUCCACCAAAACACAGCAGUAAACGGACUCACUUUCCGUGCACACAACAUUACACACGCGGAGGUGGUUGCCAUCGCGCUAGCCGCCGCAGAUCAACACUCGCGGGUCAUCAUCACCGACUCGAGGGGUGCUUGCCGCAAUAUUGAGCAGGGGCACAUACCGUACCUCGCCUACAAAAUUUUGCAAAACAGCGACUAUCUCGGUGCCCCCUCGCACCGUACGAUUAUCUGGACUCCCGCUCACACGGGCCUCGAAGGAAACGAGACGGCUGAUGCCGUCGCCCGCGCGCUCACUUUCCGGGCAUCACCUUCGUCCCCCACCGAUCCGGACCCCGAACCCAAUCCCGCCUAUACUUUCAAAGAGAUCGUUCAGCUCUACCAAUCUGGCCAUGCCAUCUAUCCCAAGCCCUGUAAGGGCCUCACAAAGGCGGAGGAGCGCAUUCUCCUUCGCCUUUAUACCAAAACUCUGCUGUGCCCGGCAGCCUUAAAAUAUUUUGACCCCGCUUGCACGGGGGAGUGCCCGCACUGUGGGGAAAAGUCCUCAGACAUUUUUCACAUGGUAUGGGCAUGUCAAAAAAAAACAAAUCUAACCCCCCUACCCAAGCCUUCCCGGGAGGACUGGGAGGCAGCCCUGCUCGGCUGCUCUGACCUGACGGCCCAACGGGCCUUGGUCGAGCGGGCCCGGGCGGCGGCCGACGCCAAUGGGCUCCCGUAAGGGG